CGCGCUUCUCCCUCUCCUCUCUGAACUCAACAGCUGCAUAGUGAGUGAUUUGCAAACUCUGAAACAAGGCAUUUCGUCCGGCAAACAAUUGGCUAACUCAACUCGUCAGAUUUGCAGAAAGAAAAGACAUUAUUAGUUCAUAUAGCGACCGUUUCAGAACAGAAUAACAGUACCUGACGAAGUCUGAACACAAUGGUUUUGCCUGUCAGGAAAAUUAGUCAUUGUGAAUCACAAGAAAUCAACUCAUAGAGUUUUCAUCCCAGCACCUGGCAGUGACUGGCAAGCUCUGUCUGCUUCUAUGGUACAGAAUGGAUCAUAGGGGCUUACUUAAACUUUAUGCAAAAAAACUUAUCUGAAGCUCAAGAAAACCAUUUGGAGAGUUCCAUGGAAGGGUUCAGAGUAUUUGGGAUUUUUUAAUCUCUCGAAUAUGUCCUUCGUUAGUGACUCUUAUGUUAUAAGUCUCCUAAAAACAUAUUGUUAACUUGUCCAACAACUGAAACAAAAUUAGAAAAAUAUAUCUAAAUAUAUUUCAAGCACUGUUAACAUGCCUACCCACACAUUGAUCCCAUAUGUGGAAAGUCCUGAUGGACUAGGCCAUGACAUCUUUAACUACAGUAGUGCAAGUAUGCCUGGUACUGGUUCUAGCAUGACACCUCACACCAGCUCAGUGGAAAAACGGGACUCUCUAACAGAAAGUAGCCUACCUCUAGACUGCAUGUUUUGUGAGGAGACUUUCCUACAUCAUGAAGACCUGGGACCACACCUUCUCUCCCAGCAUCCCACAACAUUCCAUGCACCUGCUGUGUUGCGUGUUGAAGCAGAGUUCUUGACUCCUAGUGAGAGGGCACGUUCUAAGAUCUGCCAAGUUGUGGAAAAGAAUGAUGAGCUGGGUUGCGUUGUGUGUGGUCAGGCCAUAGCAGAUGCAACCGAGUUGGAACCCCAUAUGCGAAAGCACAAAGACUCUUUCACCUAUAGCUGUAGCCUGUGUGGACGGCGUUUCAAAGAGCCUUGGUUCCUCAAGAACCACAUGAGAACCCAUGGUGGAAAGGCAGGGUCUAAAAACAAAAACCAGGACCUGGAGACCCCAGCCACCAUCAAUGACAUUGUCCAAGACCAGCCCCCAUCACCUGUUAUCACACCUUACAAAAUGUGCAUGGUUUGUGGCUUUUUCUUCCUCAACAAAGAAGUAUUGGCUGAGCACAGCAAAGUUCACAAUCGAGAACCAGAAGUGGUUGAGAACACCCCUGUCGACUGCCAACUUGCUGAGGAGGAUCCUGUAUCUCAGAAGGCUUUUUUGCAGACCCUAAGGUUGCAUGCUUCUGGAGACAAAGCCAAAGAGAACCAUCUAUCAGGACGCUGGAUAUCUCAGCUUGACCCUUUCAACACCUACCAGGCUUGGCAGUUGGCCACCAGGGGCAAGAUAGCAGCAGGUCCAAACUUGGCCAAGGAGCUCAAUGCAGACUCCAACUCUGACAACGAGGACUCUGGUUCUGACAAAGAUGAACUUGGUGCCAUCUGGGCUUCAAAUGGUGAUGAUAAGCCAAGGCGAGGCCUGAGGAGUGAAAUCAAGCCGACAACCGAGACCCCUUCGCCAUCACCUGAGCAAAACGGGCUGCUUCGUAAAGACAAGCCAACAAGCUGUGAAGAUUGCGGAAAGAUCUUCAGGACUUACCAUCAGCUGGUACUCCACUCUAGAAUCCACAAGAAGGAGAGGGGGGGAGCAGAAAGCCCCACCACAUCUGUAGAGGGGAGGGCCCAAAGUGUGGGCUCAUGUAGCAAUUCGUCUCUAGACCGAGCGGAGGAGUAUUCUGAGGAUGGAUCUGAAGAGGGAGUGCCAGUCGACUCGUUUAAUCCAGAUAAAAGUGAGGAUGGUUUGAGUAAAAUGAAGCUCAAAAUUCUUGCACCAAGAAAAUGCAGUUACUGUGGGAAGACUUUCCGCUCUAACUAUUACCUCAAUAUUCAUCUCAGGACACAUACUGGUGAAAAACCAUAUAAAUGUGAAUAUUGUGACUAUGCUGCAGCACAGAAAACGUCUUUGAGAUACCAUCUAGACAGACGUCACAAGGACAAGCCUUUCACUGAGAUCCCAAACAUUCCUGCCAGAAACAAUAUCAAGGCCAUUGAAUCCCCUAAGAAUGUAGAUGACAAACAGGCCUUUAAACCUGCCAAGCAAUGGCUUAUUCCUAAACCUAUCCCUGCUAUUGUUAAACAUGAACCUGGCUUGAGCCAGCCAAACAUUAACAGCACCGGUCCUUCUGUUGAAUUUAAGCAAGAGUAUAUAAGUUCUCCUGUGAUUGCUCCAUAUACCCCUGCAAGUGAGGUAAAAAAAAAGUGCCCCUUACCGGUAAAUCUAACGAUGGAGGAGAAAGAGGCUUCCGAGGCACCAUUGAAUUUGUCACUCAAAGCGUCGCUCUCUGUAUCUGCUACCUCUGUGCCGAGGAAUUUGUUACUGACCAACACAUGUACCUCUUGUUCUUAUGAAACCCUCUACCCUGAAGUUCUUCUGAUGCAUAAGAAGCUCAUCCACAAGGAGAAGUUUGACGUUAAGAAGAAUGGAUACAGGGGACCUCUAAAGCAAAAACGAUACACUGGUUGCCCCCCAGCUCUCGAGGGCAAAGAUGUCACUCCUUUGCCCCAAAUCAACAGGAAGCAUCCUCGCCGGACCAAAUCCCCACCAUGCCAGCCAGAUAAACCUGGGGAGAAACAUCCCAAACAUCCUCAAAAAUCUAAGAUUUCACCCGCCAAAGAGCACUGGAGAGAUCAGUACCAAGAGAUUCAUAGAGGCAGGGAAUCAGGUGUACCUACCAGCUCGCUAUCCAGAAUCCCAGAACGUGCUGUGGAAUCGAGCAGUAAAUCAAAUGCACCAAUGGUAAUCGAUCGAGAGAUGUUCAAGCAGAGACCUGGCAUUGAUCAUCAGAGGGCAAGCAUGGGCAAAAACGGAAUGGUUUGGCCCACAGAUCCAGGCCAACUUUGCCUGUCAGACCGUUUCAGAAAUCUGACGGAAAUGGACAUCGGUGAACCCUCUAGUAAAAGACCGAAGUCCUUCAAGCCUCCACAUGCUGCAUCUGGUCGGCAUGGGGAGGACUUCAGCAGGCCAGUGCCUUCUGGAAGAAAUAUGAAAAUAUCACUGCAGACAAAUUCCCCCGUGGCUCCUGUUAAGGUUGCUCCAGCAGCGUCUAACAGCAGCAUGCAGGCCGACUGGAAAGUCAUCGACUUGCUUCGCACCUACACGCCCAACAGCUUGGCCUCGCUUUACCAUUCCACCAAUGCAAGUUCCAGCCAUGGUGUCAUGGCAUCACCUGUGACAGGAAGUAGGUCCAUGAUCUUCCCUCAUUACUCCACUAGCAUGAGAAUCCAAACUAGCCCUCGGAGUAACAAACGCUGUGGACCUUCAGAUAAGCGCUCUUAGAAAUUUCCAGGCUUUGAAAUACAUGGAGAAAACGUUGAUGCCCUCACCAAAGUUGGGGACCUCAGGAGGGAGGAAAGUUUAAAUGACUUGAUGUCGCUCUGGGUGUUCUUCUGAUACUACCGCUACAGCGUUUGGAGUGUUGGAAAGAUGUACUGUGAGAUCUGGGGCCUUGGACUGACUGCAGCCUUGAACAGUGUAGUUUUGAUUCAAUUUGCGUUCCAUUAUGGCAAUAGAUUUAUCUGCAGCGCACUUAACACAAAGGCGAAUGUCAGACGCACUCCUGUUUACCAUGCUUAACAGUUGAUUUGUUAAUCUGUGUUGGGUCGGUGAUUUAUUUUAUUUAUUUUUUUUUUUGAUUGCCUAAAUACUAAUGAAACCACAAACCCAACCAAGUGCCUCCAUUUACAUUUAUUAAAAGCCUGAGCUCUUUAUACAAGUGGACGGCACUGACCAAAUAAACGGAGGAGUGAUGUUUUUGAUUGUUUGUAUUGUUAAUGUUUAACACCUCUUCUUUACAGGUCUACUUUAUGCUAUGCAGACCAUGGAAAUUUGUGUUGAUUUCCUCAAGUUAGAAACUUUCUCGUUUGUACAAAUUGAGCUGCUGUGUUACCGUCUCGGAUUUGAGACUUGUGAAGCAAUGGUGACGUACUAUGUACUUUGCUGUAGGUACGUUUAACAAAAUAAAAGAAAUGCAGGGACUGCAUGGAACCUUUUUCACUGUGACAUACAUUCCGGAUUGACAAAGUACAUAACUGUGAUCUCGCCACUGCCGAGCAGUUGUGUCAAAUGUGUGGUGAGCGUUUUUUUUUCUUUUUGUUGUUUUUUGGUCCAUUGUUACUUUUUUUUUUUCAUACACCUGAAUGUUUUUAUUCUUGUGUUUUUGUUUUUUUUUACUUCAUAAUCAAGGAUGUGUAUUUAUUUUCAGGUAAACAUGUUGCUUCAUUAGAUUAUCAUUGUGUUUAUGUGUGGAUAUGUUGUUCAAUUUUGUCUCAACCCAUGGUGGCUAAAGCAUGUCAUGGCUUCUGUUACGGCCCAUGUUCAAGAUACUAACCAAUUUUUAGCCACCAGAGAGGUAACUUAUUUUGUCAGAUUUAAGGGGUUUUCAUGAGUUGAAGCAAAUGCUUCAUAUUCUUUUGAUAAUGAACUUGAAACUUUUUUUUUUUUUUUUGUCUUUUGCUUCUCUUUAUUACUGGAAAACAGUGAGAAAAUGCCCCUUUUAUUUUUUUUUUGUUCUGUUUGCAAGACUAGUUAGGCUGAGUGAUGGCUGUUGCUUGUGUGUUCUGAUAAUGGUAUUAUUUCCAGCUCAAGUCGAAAACCAAUGCUGCUUUAUGCUGGGUCUCAUCAACAGCUUAUCAAAUGCAAGUUUUUGUUUCUUCUCGUCCCCUCGGUAUUUCGUGAAAUGUUUUAAACACUGAAUUGGGUUGGCGUAGGAGGUUUGGUUUACAAUAAGUGACAGCCAUGUGUAAAUAUUUGUUUGUAGUUGUGCAAAAAAAAUAAAUCCUUUCACUUUUUUAAUUAUUAUUUUCUUUCGCACUUUCACUAAUUCUGUUGUUCUUUUUCAUUGUAGGGUUCUGUCUUUCACAGGCAUGCAAAAAUAAUUAAGCCAAGAUGCUUUGUCCCCCUGUUGUCCAUGUUCGAUCAAACAUGCUGUUAUUUUGGUCUUCAGUGGAAUGUGUAAUUUGACUUUCCAACCUUGUAACCACCUUGUUAUUGAGCCAGGUGUAUUCCAGGGCUCUAUCCCUUUCUAGUGGCUGAAUAAAGCAGUUGUGUAAAU